AUGAAGAAUAAAUACAGCCCUGUUUCAGACUCUGACGAGUCUUUUAAAACGCUCAUUGAUGAGAAAUCAGAUAUACAUUCUUCAGAGGUUACGCCUCCUCCGUAUUCAGCUCCGAACAAAUUUAUUGAUUUAGAAAUGGCUGAUGGAUCUGCUCAGCAUUCUGCCCAAGAGUCCACUAACAUUACUGGGUCGAAUUCGACAUAUUCAAAGUGGGUUUCAGCGAAUAUCUCUUUUUUUUGCGUCUCUUGGGUUCCUGUGAGGGCGCAAGACUUUUGGGGACUUUUUGGCGGAUUUAUUGGGGCGAUAUCAUUAUUUCUCUAUUCAAUAUCUCUAAUUCCUAAAGAAUGGUUCAAGCAAACUGGUAGAGUGCUGUCCUACUUAUUCACGCAAAUUUGUAGUGUACUGUCCAACAUGUGUGUCGCAGUAAUAUGUACGGCUUCUCUGAAUGCCCCUUGCUAUUCCGUGUAUUAUUUUGUAAAGAAGGUAAUAGGAUUUGAAAAGAUGGACAAAGGGUUUUUCUAUUUUGUUUGCAUUGUUAACGUUGCCGUGUUUGUUUUAUUUUGGAGUACGGAUACGCGACAACUUCGAAUCUUCAUUGCUGAUUUAGGAAAUGGCAUGGGAAACAUGGUGAAUGCCAUAGGAAACGGCGCAGUUGUCAUAGGAAACGGUGCAGAUGUCAUAGGAAACGGUGCAGAUGUCAUAGGAAACGGCAUAAGAAAUGCUGCGAAUUAUUUUCAUCCAGAAAAUGAAGCACCUCGUAACGAGGAAAUUGAGCUUCAACCUCUUGCUGAGCAAAGCGCUGAAGUUUGA